CCUUAGCACUAAAGAUCAUGGAAGAUCCUCUUAGCUGGGGGUAGCUAGUGCAAAUGGAGCCCACUAAUGUAUUUCGAGCUUAUUUAUAGCUGACAGCGCAAGAUUAUUUCGUGUGGCAAGGCUGAUUUGAAGGGGAAUGUGCUUAAAGUAUUUUUAUCAUGCCACCCGAGCCUUGCCGAUGUGUUAUAUCAGCGUUCAUGUCAUGUUCGUUAGCUUCUGUUCAGCCAUAGGUUCAGUUUAGGUUUCCUGCAGUUAGGAAGAUCGUUUUUGUCCCUUUUCCCGUCCCUAACCGCAUCCCUGUCAGAGGAGAUGCUGGACCUUCCUCCGAGCUGUUCGCAGAGACGCGAGGCAAGAGCUUGAGCCUUUAAAGCACCAGAGAGGAGAAUGAUUUCACGAUACCACAGGAAAUCUGUAUCGCACAAACUUGAGAUUCGUGGGUUGUCUCGAAGCAGCCUUGAUCACCACCCCCUUCCUGAAGAAGCCGAUGAUGAUGGAUCCCCUCAGCACUACAUUCAUGACCUGCAACAAGCUGUUUCUGCACACAACAGACUCCAACCAGUGCUGGUCAGGUAUCAACAGCUCCGCGGGUACUGGCAUCUCGACAGAGAGGAGCUCUGUUUUCUCCUGGGGUUACGAUGAGUUUGACAAGGCAGCGUCUCAGCAGGUGCAGCAAAUGUUUGCAGAGAUUGACAAAGAUCUGUAUGAGGGAACAGGCAGUGGGAUAGGGAUUCUCCAGGGGCUGCAAGAGGAAUGUCAGCAAUGGACCACACGCUUUCCACAUCUUCGAAUCCUGGGGACACAGCUGCUCUGUCCUACUGAUGAGGGCUUCCAGUGGUACGCUACUCCAGGGACAGCCAGCCCAGCUAGCAGCUCGUCAGCAGGCAAAGGAAGCAGAGUAAAGUCCCAGGAGAAAGAUAAGAGUUGUGCAGAGUUGAACAUACAGGGCAGGAGAGCUGCACUGAUCAGGUCCUCCUCAGCAGAAUUGGACAGCCCUGCUGACAACUCCAGCGGUCGUGACAGACAGCAAGUGUUUGAAGCAGAGGGUCUGAUGGAGGAGUAUCUGGCUUUUGAUAGCAGGGACUUGGAUGACGAGUGGGGCCAGGAAUGUUCGGAGUCUGUUUGGAGGCAUCACUGUCUGCCUCCUGUCUCACCAUCCCGGUGUCACCGUCAAGCUGUUCUGGACUUGCUGUUUGAUGAUGUUUGGCAGGAGCUGGUGGGCUGCAUGAAAGAGUUGGUCCAUCGCCACUGGGAAUGCUGCACUUCUCAUGAUGAAUCGAUUUCUGGGAGCUUGAGCCCCGUGCUCCCCGUCUCCACGGUGCCUGCAUUGCUGCCCAAACUCGGUCAGAGCAGAGUGGUGCCACUCCCAGCCGGCCCGCAGCUCCAGAACACAAAGUCAAGGGCCUCAAAGCACAAGUCCAGGUGGAAAUCCAAAAAGCAGAAAAGGCCCCCUGCCGCUGGUCGGGGGCCUGUAGGAGCAGCAGUGCUUCAGCAAAACCUGAAUGACAUCAUCGUGGUCCAAAGCAUCCCGCUGCUGCAGAGGAACCUGGGUGGGCUGGAGAGACACCAGCAAGGGCACCCGGAGGAGCGCGUUUCUCUCAGUCCAGGCUCCACUGUGGUCCUCUCCAGCAAACCCCGCCCUCGCCGCCCCCUCGAGCAGAGCUCUUCCUUGCUGUCUCGGCCAGCGCAGUCAGCUCGUCGCAGAAACCCUCCCCCCAGAACCCUAAUGCCACUGGUUUCAAACCUGACUCAGUCCAGCACAGGGGGGUCCCUGGAUGAGGUCAUACGCGGGACACGUCUACCUACAGCCAGGGACCAACUGACACCUCCGCUGAUUCCUCUGAGCCGAAACACACUCCUUCCCCCCAUCAGCACCGGGGACUCGGAGCACUAUCAGUCAGGGCAGCAUCCCAAACUUGCACAGCGUCAGAAGGGCUCAUCCAGCCGUGCUCACAGUGCUAUAAACAAUGAAGCUGGCACUUCAGUACAGAGGGAUCGUCACCACCUGCUGGAAGCCUUCUCUCGCCCCAACACAACUCACACAUACAGGUCAGACACUCCGUACCGCCGUUCCUUCACAGUACUGGACACCAUCGGUCAGGGGCGACCAGGAAGAUCCUCCGUAGCCACAGAUGCUCUGGGAAUCGGUGUGACUGGCAUCAGUCUUGGUAUCAGCAGCUCAUCUUUCUUGGACUCAUUUCCUCACCACCCGCUGGGGCACUCGUCCAUCAAAGAUGAAGAGAAGCUAGACCCACAAACCCCUGCCCGAGCUCCAUUGGUGCCUGUGUCGGUCCAACCUCGGCCGUACACCCGAGGAGGCAUCUCAACCAGAGCCAGCAGGCCGGGCUUGUAAUUUGCCUCCGAUCUCCACGAGCCAGUCAUCUUUACACAGCAUCUGCACCCACUGGAUGGUUUUGAUUUACAAAAGUAGCAGACUUUUUGAUACAAUGCUUCUUUUUUGUCGUUUUAUUUGUUUUCCUUUUGCUAAAGGCCUAUUUUUGUAUUUCAGAAAUCAGCUCACGUGGCUGCCAAACACAACUGUCAACAGUAAUUAUAUCUUCAUAUUCAAUAUGAGCUGUAUGUGUGAAUAUUUCUACUGGGUAUGUAUGACUUGACUGUAUAAAUGUAUUUAAUAUAAUUAUGUGAAUACUCUGUAUAAUCGCCCCUGCUGUGUUUGACUAUGCAGGGAAUAAAUGCAUCCAAAUAAGGACUUUUUAAAUUUUUUUUAUUCCUUCUCUGUAUUACACCAGUUUAGGACCAUAUCUUUUCAUAAAACUAUGAUAAAACAAAAAAAAAAUCCUGCAGUUUCUCACUGCAUAAACCAAACUUUAAUUCAUAUUAUCUUACAAUGUGAGAAUAUGAGAUGCAGGUACAGGAAACUUCUAAAUAACCAAGAAAACUGCUUUAAUACGUACCGUAUUUCAUGUCAUUUUCUUAUAUGAGAAAAGCCUAGUGGGCGUGGUCUGAAAAGUAACAGCAUUACUGAUGCCACAAAG